UUCCUUUUAAAAAAUCUCCGUUCGCUGUCUGGUGUGGUGGAUGUGGAUGUUCCUCUUCUGACAUUCUGACCUGGGUUUUUCAGUUUCUUCUAAUUAAUUUAUAUAUAUACGUAUAUAUUUAUACAUAUAAUACUCUUUAAUGUUCGUAUACAUAUAUAUGGAAUUUGGGUCAAUACAGCUAGAGUGCUGACGUUUAUAAGGUUUAAAUGAUUGGGGGAAUUGAUUUCAAGUUCAUAGCUGUCAGCCAUUCCGCGUUGUUUUUUCCUAUUUUUGACGAUUUCUUCGUUCUUGUUCUUUUUCCUAGUACAAUUGUCGGCUCCCCAGUUGUUAUCAGAUCUGCAUUUUGUUUUCAUAUUGUUUUCAAUUGAAUUCUUGUGGGUGUUUAGCAUUGUUGCAGAAUUCCGGGAUCUCGAAGUUCAGUUAACCUGUUCGCAAGUUUCCUCUAUACUAUCAUAUAAAUUCUUUCAUUUCGAUACAGUUUUGCUCUCAGAUUUCAUUUCUAUUAUACUUCUCGAAAUUUUGAAUGUGAUGAUUAAAAGUUGAAAAUUUGGGGGAAUUUCUGUAAAUUCAAACCGGAGAAGAAAGAGAUUUCCGAUUAUAAGUAUGGGGUCGAGGGUAGAGAGUCAUCAACAUCACCCUGAUUAUGUCUCUUUAGCUGCACUGAUGAGUAGAGAAUUGAAAAGUGAAAAAAUGGAGAAUCCAUCUGUGAGAUUCGGAUGUGCUGCUCAAUCGAGAAAAGGCGAAGAUUACUUCUUGAUGAAGACGGAUUGUCAGGGACUUGAUGAAAACCCUUCUUCGACUUUCUCUGUUUUUGGGAUUUUUGAUGGUCACAAUGGGGACGCUGCAGCAAUAUAUUCGAAAGAUCAUCUUUUUAAUCACGUCUUGGACGCCAUACCUCGUGGUCUUGGACGCCAUGAAUGGCUUCAGGCUUUACCUAGAGCUUUGGUCGCUGGUUUCGUCAAAACGGAUAAGCAAUUUCAAAGCAAAGGUCUAACAUCAGGAACAACUGCUACAUUCGUGAUUAUCGAUGAAUGGACAGUAACAGUUGCUUCGGUGGGAGACUCUCGUUGCAUUCUUGAUACCCCCGAUGGAGUUGUAUCUGUCUUAACCGUUGACCAUAGGCUUGAAGAAAACACCGAAGAAAGGGAACGUGUAACAGCAAGUGGAGGCGAAGUAGGGAGGCUCAACGUUAUCGGUGGCCCUGAGAUUGGACCCCUUCGUUGCUGGCCAGGUGGGUUAUGUCUUUCUAGAUCCAUCGGCGACAUGGAUGUCGGCGAAUUUAUCGUUCCGAUACCUCACGUGAAGCAAGUGAAGCUUUCGAAUCGUGGUGGAAGGCUUAUAAUCGCUUCAGAUGGUAUUUGGGAUGCUUUAUCGUCGGAAGCAGCCGCCGGAUCUUGCCGCCGUUUGCCGUCUGAACUUGCCGCUAGGCAAGUAGUGAAGGAAGCAUUAAGAACAAGGGGACUAAAAGACGAUACAACGUGCAUAGUUGUCGACAUAAUUCCGCCGGAUAAUUCACUCCCACCACCUUCUCCUCCGCGUAAACCACAGAGCAAGCUCAGAUCGAUGUUGCUACGAACCAAAUUCCGUGGUUCUGCUACUAAAUUAUCGAAGAAACUGUCGGCUGUAGGAAUCGUAGAGGAACUGUUUGAAGAAGGUUCAGCGAUGCUUGCAGAAAGAUUGGGGAAUGAUGAUAAGUCAAACACAUCUGGACUGUUCAUGUGUGCGGUGUGUCAAGUCGACGUAGCUGCAAGCGAAGGUGUUAUAUCAGUUCAUGCAAGCUCAAAACCAUGUCGACAGGGUCCUUUUCUCUGUGUUGCUUGUCGGGAUAAAAAAGAUGCAAUGGAAGGAAAACGACCUAGCGGAAUCAAAGUCAUUUAAUCUCAAAUCUUUUGUUGUUCUACACGAAAAUUCUUUUGUUUUUUGAUUGUUACUUAAUACUUAAUUCUAUAGGCCAUUAUAAGUGCAGAAAUCAUUAAUAAUAAUGUUUAUAAUGAGUUGUAUACCACUAAUUCCAUGUAUUUUUUAUUGUACUAAUU